AUGUACCACAGGGUCUUGCUGUGGCUGUGGCCUUGUGCCCUGGCUUUGGUCACUGAAGACGACCUCGUCUCAGCUGUGCAGAGUGGCAAUGUGAGCGAGGUGCAGGUGCUGGUCGGACAGUUCGACAUCAGCACCAUAGGCCGGCCUGUGUCCUACUACGGACAAGAUCACCGCUCGUGGACACUGCUGCAUGAUGCAGCCCGCUAUGGCCAUACCCAAGUAUUGCGUCUUCUGCUGGAGACAUGGCCAGAUGGCAUCGAUAGCACCAGCGACGUUGAAGGCCAAUGCCCCCGACAUAGCGACAGCCGGGCGCCUUGCAGGGGUGGCAGCACCAGCUGGACGCCGGUGCAUGUGGCCGCAAUGAGCGGGCAGGUUGAAGCAUUCUCGAUGCUGGUGGAGGCAUUGUCCCAGGAAGGUCGUACUGCCAGCCUUGAGGACCUGAUCGUCUUCCAAUCCGUCGAUUGCCAGUUGCUGGUGGAGUUUGGAUGCGACCCACAGGGCAUCGAACUACUCGACGAAGCGGCGAGGGACCUUGAUUGCCGGAAUCCUUACGAGUUGACCAACCGCUCGCUGGAGAUGUGGCUCUAUGGCUGCCAGGGUGAUAUUCGCUGGCAUGACGAUGCCGGGACUCCGCUCUUGGACCUCCUUGAGAACGAAGAUGCGCGGAAGUUCUGGCGAGAGCAUGCGACUCUGCAAGCUAGCAUGCUGAACACCAUGAGAGACUGGCAGGCCUGGGUGAUUCCUGGACUUGCAGCUCUGAUGGCAUACGUGUCGGUAGUCGUGGAGAGAAAGUUCCUCCAGAGCUGUUGCAGGAAAAGCAGAAACCAACAAGCCCAAACAGAUGACGAACAAGACCCCUUCCUGGCCGGUGCCAAGCUCUUGGUGAGCCAGGCUUUCAGUAGAUUCGCGCUGUCUGCGAAGAUGUGGCGCUGGCUGGAAGUCUGCGUUGGGAUUUUUUGGCUGGGGCUCGUGCUGUUGAUCGCGCACUGGGCAUGGUGGUUACCGCUAGUUGCGGUUCUGUACGUGGCCCCUGCCAUCAAACUGCACGGGGCUCGGGAGUUAUUUCAAUCUCCGACGCUGGCACUGGUGACAAGAAGCUUCGGAGGCCAGGUUGCCGCCCUCAUCCGCACCACAGCUCUCUUCGGCAUCUUCUGCUUCCUCUAUGGUGGCCUGUAUUGGAAGAUGGUGAUCCCUGAGUCAGUCAUAUCCGCGUUCUCGUGGAUGCUUGACCCCUCGGUGGUCGCAUGGGAGGACCGGAAAGUACGCUUACUGGGAAACAGCAAGCUGAAUGAGCACUGGCUGUUUACCUGGGCACCUCCAAUCACUGCGCUUGAAAUCUUCCACGCAGUGAGAGACGUUUGCAUUGCCCUGGUAAUUGUGUACUGGGUCAGUCUGAUCUGCAUGGUGCUGUACAAGUGUUUCCGGCGCUGUCUAUGUGGAAACGUUACUUCUCCGACACCCUCCCGUCAUGAGCUUGAGGAUGCUGUACGGCGAGUUCUGCAGAAGCCACCAGACGAGUUUGGCGAAGUUCACAAGGGCAUCAAACCGACGACGGCUUGCUCGUUGUAUCAAAGUGUUGCAAUGCAGUUGCUGGAUAUGGCCUUCGAUUUCAACACUGUGCUGAGUUUCCUCUUGGAUCGGAACUACGUCUUCGCCGCCGUUAUGACCUUCGUAGUGGUGCGCAGCAUCGCCAAGCAGUUCUACGUCCUCCCUUUUUGUCACUUCCGGGAGGCGCUCAGGGAGAGCGUGCGUCGAGGCAUACCACGGCAGGACGUUUUGGACUUCUUGGAAGAGGAGAAGCGGUCGGAAGCUCUGUUUUGCGCCUGCAUUACUGCCUAUGCGUUGUUCUUCUCGGUGAAUACCGCGGGGCAGAUGCUAACGCAAUAUUGCAGCCUGGUGUCGAGCACAUGGCAGCUCAGAGGCCAUGCAGCUGAACUGUGCAACAUGGACUUCCCUGUGGAUGAGGCCGCAGGCGUGGCGAGUGCUACGAACAGCGAUGUCAGCAAUGCCAGCGACCUGAAAAAUGUAGAAGGAAAGGAUGCCAGCUGUCAGUCAGCCAACGAGGAGAACCCCGUGAGUGCAGCGAACAAGUCAGAGGAUAACGAUGCCACGGCUGUGUCGAAGCACUGGGUGACCUUUUCGCACGAGUUCAUCCCGCAAAAAACGGGCGUUGCGGAAGCCGUAGAUACAAGUCUCCGGUUCGACCAUGUCUUGACAGCAAUGGCGGUUUAUGUCGAGGAUGGAAGCUCAUACAAUGGAUUGAGCGAUGCGUUCCGCAGACGGCUUCAAAAGCAAGAGGCAACAGAGAUACUUCGCCGAACAGAUGGCACCACACAGAGAAUUUGGGCCAAGGAGGGGCGACCCUCAUACCAGGUAAAACCGGAUCCCGGGAAGAGGCUUGUUGACGAAGCUGCGGUUGAAGUAGCCAAGCAGAAGGAGUUUCUGCCUGCUUUCUCCGUCAGGAUCUUAGGAUCGACAUCCGACCUGACCAUUGACGAGUCCACGGAGUUCGCAAAGCAGGUCGUCUUCGAAGGAUUCCGGGGCCGGGACACGGUGCGGAGCCUGAAGGAUCGUCUCCUGAAGGAUGGCCUGGCCUCUCGGUCGCCGCGCAUCUUCCUCCCGCCGCAUGAACUUCGGGAUGCGACAAAACUUGGGGAGUGCUUUGCACAAUGGUCAGGAUUCGGCUUGGAGAAUUGGCCUCCUAGAUUCGUCAUGAAGCCCAUGCUGCAGGGCUUCGAGCUGCCGGUGAUAGUGUCAGCGUCCUUGGACACCGCGGUUUGGGAAGAAGUGGCGGGACAGAGAAAGCUUAAACGGUACGGAGAGAGGCGCUUGCUUUUCGACCUGCAGCCUUUGACAACAGUCGCUGAGCUCAAGAAGCUGCUGGAGAUCAAGCUCGCCAUCCCUGCAGACAAGCAAGUGCUUACUGCUGAACUGGUGGCAGAAUUUGACCAAGGCUCAGCUGUUCUCAUCGACCUCGACAACGAUGCCUCAACUAUGAGGGACCACGGGAUCGACCGGUUCGUGUUGCGGGUCUAUCUCCGCACUGACAGGCUCGCCGAGCUCGAUGAGCUCUUGGCGUCAGCGGCGUAUGUCGCUGUUGCGACAGUAGGCCCGAAGGCCUUGCUGCCUUUGCCUAUGUCAGGCCCUUCAUAUGUUUGCCUGUCCAAGGCAUUUGUGCGAAGGCGGGUGCUCACGGCUCUUUCGAUGUACUUCUGUGUGACUACAGUGCUCUGUGAGCGUCUGCCAGUAGAUGAAAAUGAGCUGGAAGAGGACUCUGGCAAGGCUUCCACCCAGGCUUCGGCCGACAGACCUGCAAGCGACUUGGAUGCUGCAAAGGCUUCGGCCGGAGCUUCUCCAGACGCUCUCAGACAGGCGCUGGAGACCGCGCCUCUUCUCUCGACUUUGAAGGCCUCCUCGGCACUAGCUCUCGCAGACCACGAGAACAUCUCGCGCACCGCCGCCGAGACGGUGCAGAAGGCUUCGUCAAGCUCACGGAAGGCCAAGGUCUCUGCAACGCAGGCGGCCUGGCAGAAGGCCGCGAUGCAGCGGCUUUUCUCCCGGCGAAUUUCAGAGGCAGCUCAUGAGGGGCACGUCUCAGUGAUAGCUCAUGGGCGACAGAAGCAUCGCUGGGACCUGGGCAACGACUACUCCAGCGACGGAGAUGCGCGGGAGGAAGAGGACGUCGGCUCGGAGUCCAUGGCGAGGAAUCAAAGGCUGACUGACGACCAGAGGAAGCAGAUGCGCGUGUUGGAGCAGGAACUGGACAGCAGCCAUCCAGCCAACACCGGUGGCAUGCUGUCAUCUGUUGCCGAGCAACCGAUGCUGUUGGCAGUGGCUGGCGGCAUCGGAGCAUCUGUCGGAAACACGGGCAGCAUCAACUUCGAUCGGGACCUCAUUCGCCGGAUGAAGAUGCAGGACCUCGUCGUGAUGUGCUUGCUUCUGUUCGUGUACUAUGCCACCUUGUCCUUCAGCGCGUGCCUAGCGCACAGACAGGGUGCAAACAGAUCUCGGGUGAAGUUUUACGCAGACCCCCGGAUGUACAUUAGCACCGCAGAUCAGGCGGAGGAAAUCGCUUUCCUUGAGGCAUUCAACCAGAAGCCGAAACAAGUCCAUCUGCGAGUUACUGGCUAUCUACCCGUCACCAACAACUUUCCCGGAUCCUUCUUUUGGCGAGAUGGCCUCUAUGCGGUCGCUUUUUCGUUCGCACUAGACUUGACGCCGUGGGUGGCACGCACGAGCUUUCGGCAGCCAGAGGACACCGACGACGAAGACGCACCAGAGGCUGGCGUGCCGAGCGAGGACCUGCUGAAGCUUCGCAGGUUCCUGGCAGAUGACACCAACGAUAUGGCAAUUGUCGAAAUGAGGAAAACAAUCACCUGGCCAUGCUGGGAGGAGUUGGCCAUGAACAUCAAGCACCGAGUCCGCCAAGCUGGCUUUCAAGGAGUGAUCAAUAUCGACCGCACAGAGCAGGAAGAUAUGUGCAUCUACAAGAACACACAGUGGGCCAACUUCAUGCACGGCAAAGCGCUCAAGGCGAGUUUCCAGCAAGUCAAUCGACAAGCGAGGACUCUUAGGCGUUCUAGGUUCUAG